GCUCCAGCUCCGCCCGGCGGGGCGGGGCAGCCCUUCUCCCCCGAGGGCGGCUCCGAUCUGAUCACCGUACAACGUUCAGCAGACUGUAUGAAUGGCUGACGCGGGCAAGCUUGAGAAGCUGAAGCAGCGGAACUUUCCAUGGUGCACUCUGAUUCUGGUGCUGAGUGCCACCGCCUGCCACGUAUGUGUCCUCACCGGCAACUUCAAGACUGCCGGCGCGAUGGAUCAGAUGGGCACAUCUACCCACGGCUGGUCCAGAAUUGGUGUCGGCGUAGCUGAAUCCUUGGAAUCGGAAUUGCAGCACAGGAUGCAGAACAUCUCCCAGAGGCUGCUAGAUAGCCUGGGGCACAUCGGCAUCGUGCAGGACGCCAUCGAGGCGGUGCUCUCCAUGGUGGGUGUCGAGGCGGACGGCGUGCUGGAGCCUCCCGAGAGCGGGGACUCCAGCGACCGCGAGGCCUCAUCCAGCGUGUGGUUGGCCGCGAAGCGCCGCCACGGCGGAUCCGCCGCCGCCAAGGAGGAUGUCAAGGUUGCGAGCGCGAAGACGGCGGCCCUGCUGCAGUCCGCCACAGAGGGGGAGGGGGCCAACAUCACCAACACCGUCUCGAAGCUCUACCCCGUGGUCCUGAACGCGGUGCAUCACGUCUUGAAUUCGAUGGUCAAUAAGGUGUCCGACCUGCUCGCCGAGCUGUUGGAGAAGCUCAAGCCGGCCCUCGAGGAGGUUGGCGACCUGAUUCUCAAGUUCGGCGACAAAAUCCAGACGGGGCUGUCUAUGUUCAGUGUCACGGUGGACCGUGUCCAGAAGUUGUUCGACCAG